AUGUGCAUUGACUACAGGCAAUUGAACAAGGUCACAGUGAAGAACAAGUAUCCCCUGCCCCGUAUUGAUGAUUUGUUUGACCAGCUCCAGGGGGCAAGGGUAUUCUCCAAGAUUGACCUCCGUUCAGGCUAUCACCAGCUGAAGAUUAGGGAUUCAGAUAUUAUGAAGACUGCUUUCCGGAUGAGAUAUUGGCACUAUGAGUUUCUAGUUAUGUCCUUUGGGUUGAGUAAUGCCCCAGCAGCAUUCAUGCACUUGAUGAACAGUGUAUUUCGGCCGUAUCUGGAUUCAUUUGUGAUUGUUUUUAUUGAUGACAUCCUGGUGUACUCGCGUAGCCAGGAGGAGCACGCACAGCAUUUGAGAGUGGCAUUACAGAGAUUGAGGGAGGAGAAGCUUUAUGCAAAGUUCUCCAAAUGUGAGUUCUAG